AUGUGUGAACGGGUGUAUGAUUGGGCUUUAUCAUACCUGAGUGACAACGGUCCUUACGAUGAUUACUUGUACAUUCUGACGGUGUUCACAGGAUUACACAGACAUGCUGGAACAAAAUCCAGAAUAGGUUUGAUGAUAAUUGAUGGGAAACCAAAGAAAAACCAUUUUUAUGAACCAGAUGUACGACUAUUAGAUGAAGAUGAUGAAACACAUCGAAGUUUUGAUGUUGGAAGCAUCCGGAAAUUUGUCAUGAGCGUUCCUAAACCAAUAAAUGACCCAACAGUAUUAAAAAUUUGGCAUGAUAAUAGUGGACAAGGAAAUUCAGCAUCAUGGUAUCUUAAUAAAAUCAUACUAGAGGAUGUGCAAACUGGUGAAAGGUAUCUGUUUAUAUGUGAUCAUUGGCUUUCUUUGGACCACGAUGAUGGAUGCAUUGAGUGUGCCAUUCCUGUGUCUGAUAAGUUGGAUAAACAUAAAUUCUCAUUUUUAUUUAAUGAACAAACUAGACAAAACACAACAGACAAUCACUUAUGGUUAUCGGUUGCCAUUCGACCUGAAGAUAGCAACUUUACAAGGUUAGAAAGAUUGGCUUGCUGUUUGACAUUGUUGUUUCUCACUAUGAUCUCAAGUGCAAUGUUUUAUGGACAAAAUACCGGAAGUCAAUUUUCAAUUGGACCGAUUAAAUUAUCACUUUCUGGGAUAUAUAUUUCAAUUGUCAGUGCAAUUAUUGCUGCACCUCCAAUAUUGUUAGUAUCUUAUAUGUUCAGAAGUUCCAAACCUCGUUCAAAAAAUGAGAAGAAAACUUUUACAAAUACUAAAGACAAUUCUGAAAUGACACUAAAAUCCGGCGAGGAAGACAAAAACGCAGAUGUGACAGAUGAUUCUGAAUUUUCACUUCCGUUUUGGUGUAGAUAUGUAGCAUGGGGAAUUGUUACAUUAGCCGUCUUUACAUCUGGAUUUUUCCUAAUUUUGUAUAGCAUGGAAUGGGGAAAGACAAAGUCAGAGGAAUGGCUGCUAUGUUUCUUUAUGUCAUUCAUCGAAUCAAUACUCUUAGUUGAUCCACUUAAGAUAAUAUUGAUGUCAGUCAUAUUCUCUUGGAUUGUAAAGAGUUGUAAGGAGAAAACUGUGACAUACGACAGAGAGAAACUUCUUCUAGAUACCAAAAGACGUGCAGCUAGUCCAUUGUCAUAUCUUUUAGAUGUGUUCAAAGCCACGCAAGCUCCAUUGAAAUCCCAAACAGUUUCAAGAUUAAAAGAAAAAAGACAGCAGCGCCUUAAAAUGCAAGAGAUAUUCACAGAACUAGUUUUAUAUACGAUAUUCCUUGCUGUUUUGUAUUGUGUCAGUUUUAGUAACAGGGAUUCAAGAUGGUAUAACGUCAAAAAUCAUCUAGAACAGCAUCUUGUUACAUCGAAUAAUAUCUCAACAGGCGAUUCAACGUUUAGAUACGAUCAGGUUACAACUGCAUCUAAUCUAUACACAUGGAUCAAUGAGACUCUAAUUACGUUUCUGUUUCCACGGUACCAUUCUAAUGGAGUUCAACUAAAAGCCAAUAGAAGAUUAUAUGUAAAAGACCAAGUCAAUUUUCGUGUUGGUCCAAUGAGACUGAGACAACUAAGAACUGUUCAAGAGCCAUGUAGGACACAGUUUUUGGAUAACUUUACCUGUUACGAUGAAUAUUCUAUUUCCGGAGAGGAGGAUAGAAACUAUUGUGUUGCCUGGGAGCCUCGUCCUUGCGUCAGAGGUCAAGCUGUAAAGAAUAUGACAUUUGCUGCCUGGAAUUUUGUGUCGUCUGUUGAUAUUUGGGGACUUCCGGUCACAGGACUACAUUCUACCUAUGGCGGUGGUGGAUAUAUAGCAGAAUUUAUUGUCAACUACAAUAUCUCACGUCUAGUUCUCAAUGAUUUGUAUAAAUACACAUGGAUAGACCGUAUUACAAUAGUUAGGAAAAAGCCGGUGGGGUCCACAUAUGGCAUCGUUAACAUAGUAGCAAGCUUCUGGAGAGAGGCUGUUGGUCACAUUUUUGCAUCAAAUAAUACCACAACAAAAGACAGGCUGAAGUUAUCACGUAAUUAUUUAUCAAGUCAGAAAUUUACAAAGACAAUAGUAGUAACACGUCAGGAUGAGACACAACAGGUCGAUAUGGUAACACCGACAGAAGACUUACCGAAAAAGAAAGAACGAGCAAGACGUAUUUAUCAGUAA